AUGAAGCAGAAUGUGCUUAGCACUGAAGCAGUUUAUGAGUCACAAACAGGUCCAGUUGUCGGUAAAGAAAUAUUAAGUGUUGUGGAGCAAUUUCACUUGGGAGGGAAAAUGAUUGCUGCCACUGUAGACAAUGCCUGCAACGUGGAUGUUGCUUUGAAAAAAUUGGACUUUUUAAAAGUGGGAUGCUUUGCUCAUACCUUCAACCUGGCCGCACAAAAGGUGUAUGACAUUCCUGCAGUUUCCAGCUGGUGUGCCAAAAUCCGUUCAGUUGUGGUGUGGCUCAAACGUUCAUCCUUGAGCAAAACUGUGCUCAGAGAAAAGCAACGAAUCCUGAGCAGCUGGAAUUCUCUCUUCCUGAUGGUGGAGAGAUUUAUGGAGCAGUUUGAUGCAAUCCAGGCAGCUGCUCUGGAUCUACGGCUGAGGAAGCCUAUGGAGAAGGACAAGCUAGAAAGGUUCACGCACACCGAUUUAAUGAAGGCAGAGGAGUUUAUUAAGUGCAUGCAAGUCCUGUACACGUCAACCAUGUGUGUGUCAAGUGACAAGUCACCCACAUGCAGCCAAAUCAUCCCCAUCCUGGCCAAGCUGGAGGCACAUUUCAGACGAUGUGAUGAAGACAGUGUUUUCACCUCUUCAAUAAAAGAGAAAGUCUGGGGUAGUCUGCAGAAAAGAUAUCAGGAUGAAAACCUUCAGAAAUUUCUGAAGGAGGCCACGAUGAUGGACCCACGUUUUAAAGGCAGGCUAGGUGGUGAGGCAGCUACUGACAUCUGGGACAGGUUGGAGAAGGCAGCAGUUGCAAAUGCCACAGCAGCAGUUGCACAGCCUCCCACUGAGGACCCCAAAGCACACAGCGAGGUGGAUGAUGCUGACAUGGACAAGCCAGAACAAUAUCUAAGUAAGGUCCAGAAGUCACCCUUAGAAAAGCUGUUUGAGGAUGAAGACAGAGAGCUUCAACAGGCUGCUUCUCAAGCAGGUAGAGUCCCCUCAAUCACAGAGCAGGUACAGAAGGAGCUUCAAAUAUACAAAAGACUGCCAGGAAUUACCUCUGGACAAGACCAUGUGGCCUGGUGGUGGAGUAAGAGGGAUACACUCCCCAAUUUAUCUGCCCUAUCAGAAAAAUACUUGUGUGUCCCAGCGUAA